AUGGCUGUUAAAGAAAGAAGAAAAGUGGCGGAACUUCUGGAAAUGGAAGCAAAAAUUCAGAAGUUAUGGUCAGAUGCAAAAGUGUUCGAAGUGGAUGCUUCCAAUGACAUGUCUGAGCCUAAAUAUAUGGCGAACAUACCAUAUCCUUACAUGAAUGGUCGUCUUCAUUUAGGGCAUUCUUUCACGUUAUCUAAAUCCGAGUUCGCGAUAGGAUUCCAACGAUUAAUGGGAAAACGGUGUCUGUUUCCUUUUGGUUUGCACUGCACUGGAAUGCCAAUCAAAGCCUGCGCUGAUAAACUAAAAAGAGAAAUGGAAGAAUUCGGAUAUCCGCCACAUUUUCCAGAUGAUGGUAAUGAUAGUAAGAUGCUAAUCGAGGAGAACAAUGACAUAGAUGAAAUUGUCAAAGAUAAAAGUAAAGGGAAAAAGAGUAAAGCUGUAGCAAAAACUGGAACAGCAAAAUAUCAAUGGCAAAUUAUGAAGAUGCUUGGCUUAGACGAUUCGGAAAUCAUCAAAUUUACAGAUGCGAGCCACUGGCUUAAUUAUUUUCCACAACAUUGCAUUAGCGAUAUUCAAAAAAUGGGUCUCAAGAUUGAUUGGCGACGUACAUUUAUUACUACUGAUCGUAAUCCUUACUAUGAUUCUUUUGUUUGCUGGCAAUUUCGGAAACUUCGUGAAGCUAAAAAAAUUGAUUUUGGUAAACGUUAUGCAAUAUAUUCGCCAAGUGAUGGGCAACCAUGCAUGGAUCAUGAUCGAUCUGAGGGAGAGGGCGUUGGACCUCAACAGUAUACACUCAUCAAACUAAAGAUUCUUGAUCCAUUACCAGAGAUACUUGCGAAAAGUGGGAAAAAUGUUUUUCUAGUUGCUGCAACACUGAGACCUGAAACAAUGUAUGGACAAACGAACUGUUAUAUUCAUCCGGAUAUUGAGUAUUGCGCUUUCUAUGCUGGUCAAAAAGAAAAUGAAGUUUUUAUAGCGACAAAAAGAGCUGCAAGAAAUAUGAGUUAUCAGGAAAUGACUGCUGAAAAUGGAAAAAUACGAUUUGUUAAUGGUGCUGAAAAGAUAUUAGGCAAAGAGUUACUUGGUUUGGCACUAAAAAGUCCUCUGACGAAAUAUGAUCGUAUUUACUCAUUACCUAUGCUGACUAUUAAAGAUAACAAAGGCACCGGCAUUGUGACCAGCGUACCAUCUGAUUCACCAGAUGAUUUUGCAGCUCUAAUGGAUUUAAAAAAGAAGAAGCCAUUACGAGAAAAAUUUAAUUUAAAAGAUGAAAUGGUAUUGCCGUAUGAGCCGAUUCCAGUUUUGAAGAUACCGGAAUAUGGAGAAAUGGCUGCUGUGUAUCUUUAUGAAAAAAUGAAGAUUGAAAGUCAGAAUGAUCGAGACAAAUUAGCAGAAGCCAAGAAAGAAGUUUAUCUGAAAGGAUUCUAUGAUGGCAUAAUGGUAGUUGGUAAAUAUGCUGGGCAGAAAAUUACAGAAGUAAAGAAGAAAAUUCAAGAAGAAUUGAUUGCAUCUGGGGAGGCAGCAUUAUUUGUUGAACCGGAAAAGAAAGUUAUAUCACGUUCCGGUGAUGAAUGUGUCGUAGCUUUAUGUGAUCAAUGGUAUUUAAAUUAUGGUGACGAAGAAUGGAAGAAGGAAACAAAAAAGGCUUUAACUCAACUGAAUACAUAUGUAGAAGAUGUACGGAGAAAUCUGGAUGCGACGAUUGACUGGUUACAUGAGCAUGCUUGUUGUCGAUCAUACGGUUUGGGUUCAAGGUUGCCAUGGGAUCCGCAGUAUCUCAUUGAAUCGCUUUCUGAUUCAACAAUAUACAGCGCAUAUUACACGGUGGCACAUCUUUUACAAGGUGGUGCUAUUGAUGGAAGUAUCGUCGGUCCUGCUGGAAUCAAAGCAUCCGAUAUGGUUGAUGACUGCUGGGAUUAUAUAUUCUUAAAUAAGCCUUAUAAUGAUAAAACAAUGCGGGUCAGAGAAUCGCAAUUAGCUAUGUGCAGAAAAGAGUUUCUUUAUUGGUAUCCGGUUGAUAUGCGUUCUUCCGGUAAAGAUCUUCUACAGAAUCACCUUGCUUAUUAUUUAUUCAAUCACGUAGCCAUUUGGAAAGAUCAGCCUGAGUUAUGGCCUAGAAGCAUACGAGCAAAUGGACAUUUGUUACUAAAUAAUGAAAAGAUGUCCAAACAAACAGGCAAUUUCCUGUCUCUUAGUGAAACCGUGGAAAUGUUUUCUGCCGAUGGGAUGCGUGUUUCUUUGGCGGAUGCAGGGGAUUACGUGGAAGAUGCGAAUUUUGUUUAUGAUAUGGCUGAUGCAGCAGUACUGCGUUUGUAUAAUCUCCUUGCGUGGUCACGUGAAAUGGUUGCUCUACGGGAACAGGGUGGUUUGCGUGAUGGACAUGAAUUCAUUUUUGCUGAUCAAAUUUUUGACAAUGAAAUGAAUAGCGCAAUUCACAAAACACGCGAUAGUUAUGAACAAACUUUUUUCAAAGAAGCUUUAAAACAUGGAUUUUUUGAAUAUCAGAGUUAUCGUGACAAAUAUCGCGAGUAUUGUGGGAGCAAUACGGAAAUGCAUAUUGAUAUGGUUUUCAAGUGGAUUGAAACACAAGCAGUCAUUCUCUCACCAAUUUGCCCUCAUGUAUCUGAACAGAUAUGGCAGAUUUUGGGAAAGGAUGGCUUUAUUAUAUAUGCCAAAUGGCCCGUUACUCCACCUGCUGAUGAUCUGAUAACGAAAAAAGCCGAGUUCAUGGAUGAAACAGUCAAGGAUUUCCGAUUGCGUUUGAAAAACCACAUGAAUUUGAAACAAAAAAAAAGUAAGGAUACAAAUCGGCCGUCGGAAGCGGUAAUAUAUUUUGCAGAAGAAUAUCCAACUUGGCAAAAGGAAGUGCUUGGCUUAUUGAAUCAGUAUUAUCAAGAAGGCAGUGGUGUGUUACCAGAUAACAAAGAGAUAUCUCAUCGCUUAAGUGCAGUGGAGAGUUUGAAAAAAUUUAUGAAAAAAGUGAUGCCUUUUGUUCAAUUGGUACGUGAAAACUUAGCAAUACACGGUGAAUCAGCUUUGGAUAUUGUCUAUCGACUUGAUCAGGAAGAAGUCCUGAAGCAGAAUUUGGAUUACAUAUUAACAACUUUGGAUCUAGAAAGAGUUACCAUUACUAAUGUAAAAGGAGCAGUGCCAGCAAAUAUUAUAGAAAUAACUUAUCCUGGAAAACCGAUAAUAAUGUAUAAAGAACAAGAACCUGGAAUUACCAUUAUGUUUCGAAAUGUGGAUCCUUGUUCUUCUCUGUUUGAUAUUGAAAUUCCAAUUAUAAAUGAUGACACCACGGCAGUCGUUAUUCGUCGUUUGAAGAGACUUUCCAAAGAUAUUAAGCCUAAACAAUCUAUUUCUUUAUGGCGAUAUUUGGAUCCUUUGGGUGGUGAUAGGAAGUUGAUAGGAUUAAAAAAUCCUUUAGAAAACAAUGAACGCAUCCCUGAUUCUGCACAAUUCAAAACAGAUAUGCAAACUGGAAAAAUUUACCUGCAGAAUAAUGGCAAUACAUUUUAUUUGGGAGGCACGAUAGUAUACAGAAGGUCCAGUUAA